AUGGCGGCGGACGGUGACGAAGUGAUCAGUGAUCAAGAAAAAGUUAGAAUCGUUUCGGAUUUCAUCUUACAUUCACCACCAGGCGAGUUUAACGAGGUAUUUAACGAUGUGAGAGUGUUGUUGAAUAACGACAGCCUGUUAAAGGAGGGCGCAAGUGGCGCGUUUGCACAGUACAACAAGGAUCAGCUAACGCCCGUGCGCCUUGAAGGUUCCGAGCUCCAUACUCUAAUCACCGAUCAUAACGAGUUGGGCAGCGGCAGGUUCUUCGACCCACGUUCGAAGCGGUCGUUCAAGUAUGACCAUUUACGAAAAGAAGCCUCAGAAUAUGAGCCUUAUGAACCUGAUAAAGUGGCGGAACCCUGGCGGGCUGCGCUCGACGAGGAGCUAACAGGGUACGUGGCCAUGCACUAUAAACAUGGUGCGAGUUUGGUUGUCGGUCGUGCGCUUGACAAUGGUGGUGUUUCGCUCGUCGCGUGUAUCGAAGACCACCAGUUCCAACCCAAGAACUACUGGAACGGGCGAUGGCGGUCGGUUUGGUCGCUGACAGUGGGUGCCGGACCCGCGGAGCUGCGGGGGUUGCUGCGCGUCCAAGUACACUACUAUGAAGACGGUAAUGUGCAGUUAGUGAGCUCCAAGGAAGUGAAAUCCCCAUUAGUGGCCACAGGUGAAGCUGCCACUGCUAAAGAAUUCGUUAGGAUCGUCUGUGACUCUGAGAAUGCGUACCAGACUGCUAUUUCUAAUAAUUAUAAGACCAUGAGCGAUACUACAUUCAAAGCACUAAGGCGACAGCUGCCUGUUACACGUAGCAAGAUCGAUUGGACAAAACUUGUGUCGUACUCGAUCGGGAAAGAACUGAAGAGCCAAUGAUGUCUUGCCGCUGCGCUAUGAGCCGCAGCGGGCGCUCCACGCCUCUGUACAUAUAUGCGUAAGAGUAAAUCUUGUUCAAAUGUUUGCGGGCUCCGUGAGGGCACUGGGUUGUUUCACUGCCCUCUCGGGCGUAUUUAUCUAUGAAUAUAUAGAGAAACCACUAUCGUAACUGUUAAAUUUUAUUGCAUUUUGUUACUCUCAGGAUUAUUGAUUGUAUUAUACAUUGUGGAAGUGGCCAGUUGGUACAGUUUGUUCUUGCAUUCCUCAGAGAGAUGGUAAUUCAACGAGUUGUGUCCAUUUUCUCGUAGUAUUGAGAUUAAACAGUAUACCGUUGUACUUAGGUGUGGAUAGACCUUAGAGUAGCCUCUGGUAGAGUAACUCCGUAGGUCUACAAGACUCGAAAUAAGGGACUGAAAGACAUCAAAAUUUUACUUCAUAUACAUCUUUUACAUAAUUUAUUUGCUUAUGAGAAUGGUUGUCGGUUGUGUGAGCAAUAUGAUAACAUUUUUGUAUUUGUUUGGAAUUGGGUCAAUUACGUGUUAAAAACUAUUGUAUAUUUGUAGUUAUGUUAAAUUCUGCAAGAUAGUUUUUUGAUUUGUAUUAGGCCACAUUUGCCAAAUAUUGCUUACACAACAAUGUUGUGUGUGUUGAAGCAGGAAAAAGGACAAGGAAUGAUUUCCAAUGGUGCAUUUAAUUGUAGUUAAUUUAUAAAAUUGUCCACGUAGCUUUAAUGCAGUGUUAUUGAGCAUAGAGCACAAUAUAAUUCAAUAUUUUUAAUUUAAAUAACUAAUUUGAAAGUGGGAUGUUGCUCAAAGGUAUGGUAACUAAUGCAGUGAAACGAAAAUUAGUAAAUUAUUGUCCAUACUAUAUGGCUUUGAGAGUGCGA